AUGCGUUGGCUGGACCGCCCGUUCAAGCCUCUGAGCAACAACUUUAUCGCUCGGUUUGGUGUAUGUUUGUUUUGUAAGAGCUCGGGACGUCCACCCUCUCGCCUCUCUCUCUCCGCUCUCUUUCCGGACUCGGGGCGGGUUGUGCGGAGACUCCGCCCGUCUCCCGCGCCGCGCCGCCUCUCCAGCUCGGACCGCAAUGAUUUAGAAGUUCAGGAAUCCCACGUGACGUCAGCCCGGGUGCAGGUGAGUCCAGUGGCCCUUGUGCAGAGCUGGGCCCCCGUGGUGACAGAGCCGUUGUAUGAGAAGCUGACCAGAGGCAUGAACUCGGACCUGGAAAGACCGUUUGUGUGUAACGCCCCUGGCUGUUCUCAGCGGUUUCCCACAGAAGACCAUUUGAUGAUCCACCGACACAAACAUGAGAUGACCCUCAAGUUCCCUGCCAUAAAGAACGACAACAUGUUAUCAGACCAGACCCCCACGCCGACGCGCUUCCUGAAGAACUGUGAAGAGGUGGGUCUCUUCAGUGACCUGGACUGCUCCAUCGAACAGGAGUUCUGUAAAGCUCAGGAAGAAGAAGACAAUAAACAGAGCAUCUCGUUGCACGGCCAGGCCCCGCACCAGCCGCCCCACUCACGGAUGGGCAACCACGACACCAGCAUCGUCAUCCAGCAGGCCCUGCCCUCUCCCCAGUCCAGCUCCGUCAUCACGCAAGCGCCCUCCACAAACAGACAGACUGGGCCUGUCCCCGGCUCGCUGUCGUCGCUGCUGCAUCGAAACAGACAGAGACAGCCUCUGCCUGCCUCCAUGCCUGGAACACUGCCAGACCCCGCCAUGCCAGGCUCCUCCGUGCUCAUGCCAAUGGAGAGACAUAUGUCUAUGGAUUCCAAUAUGAUGGGCAUGCACGGGCCGGCCCACAGCAACUCCUGCUCCACUCACAUUCCCGCAAUGCACUCAGAGGCCAAAAUGGACAGAAGAGACAGCGCUAUCACAGAGUCUAAUGAAAAGUGCUCAUUGUGUUUGAGAGUUCAGCGUGUGGUGGAGAGGCAGAGGUAG